AUGGCAGAUUCUCCAGUAAGAAGGCUUUCAAGGUCCCCUUCCCCAUGGAGGGGUCAAUCAAGAUCUAGGUCUAGGUCUCUGUCAAGGUCACUUGAGAGGCACAGGCCUAGGUCUCGGUCGAGGUCUCUUGAAAUGCAAAGGCCUAGGUCGAGGUCUAUUGAAAUGCAAAGGCCUAGGUCUAGAUCAAGGUCUCUUGAAAUGCAAAGGCCUGGGUCUCAGUCAAGGCCUCUUGAAAUGCAGAGGCCUAGAUCUCCGUCAAGGUCUCUCGAAAAGCAGAGGCCUAGAUCUCGGUCAAGAUCUCUGGAAAUGCAAAGGCCUAGAUCUCCAUCCAGAGGUCGUGGCAGAUCUAGAUCAAGAAGUCCUGCUGAUAGGAAUGGCGGGGAUACACUUUAUGUGACUGGCCUAUCUUCAAGGGUCACUGAGAGAGACCUAGAGGAGCAUUUCUCUAAGGAAGGAAAGGUUGCUUCGUGUUUUCUUGUGGUAGAGCCCCGUACGCGUAUAUCUCGUGGUUUUGCGUUUGUUACUAUGGAUUCUGUUGAGGAUGCCAACCGCUGUAUCAAGUAUCUGAAUCAAUCUGUUCUAGAGGGUCGCUAUAUCACUGUUGAGCGGUCAAAGAGAAAGCGGCCAAGAACUCCCACACCGGGGCACUAUCUUGGGCUGAAAAACACUAGAGAAAUUGGAUAUCGUGAUGAUCGUGGUGGUGGAAGGUAUCGGGGUGGAUAUGGUCGUGAUGAUUAUCCAUAUCGCCGAUCUCCAAGGCACUCCCCACCAUAUCGAGGUGGCAGGGAUUAUUCACCAAGGCACUCUCCCUAUGGUGGUGGAGGUGGAAGGUAUAGGAGGGAUAGGUCUAGGUCACCUUAUGCUCCAUAUGGAAGCCCAGAUAGGAGGUAUGCUCGGGUGCCUAGGUGA